UUUGGUUUUAAAUUUAGUUUUGUUUAUUUAUAUCCGAUCUCAGUAGACAAUAAAUUUUUUAUUGUCAAGAUAUCAAGAUAAGCCCAUAUGAAGGCAUGGACAGGGAGUGGCAACUUGGUAAAACCCUGGCGGAGUGCAACAGGUAUAUGCUUGACAACCAGUUAGACUGUGAUGUCACCUUCAGGGUGGGGGAGACCGGGGAGGUGGUCAUGGCACACAAGUAUGUACUGGGCAGUCGUAGCUCUGUGUUUUAUGCAAUGCUGUAUGGACCUCUGGCAGAGAAAGGAGACAUUCUUAUCACAGACAUGGAACCCCACACAUUUCAAUGUCUUCUUAGGUACAUCUACACAGAGGAUGUGACUUUAUCUGGAGAUGAUGUUCUGGCUGUUAUGCAUGCAGCAAACAAGUACGCAAUGGUAGGAUUAGAGGACAGGUGUGUCAACUUCUUGAUGCAGAAUUUAACUGCCGAAAAUAUUUGCUCUGUCUUGGAAAGUGCUCACUGCUUCAGCAAAGAGGCUGUCAGGAGCCACUGUGUGGAGUUCAUUAAGGACUGUCCCGGGGCGUUUGAAUCCGAGAACUUUCUCUCACUCUGUGCUGAAUGUCUUCGCAAGGUGUUGUUGUUGGAUGACUUGGUGAUGGAUGAGGAGGAGAUAUUUCAUAGAGUCAUGCAUUGGGCUUCAGUCCAGUGUCAGAAUUCAAACUUAGAGGACAAUGGACCCAACAGGAGGAGUGUUCUAGACAACUGCCUCUACUGCAUACGUUUCCCCAUUAUGAGUAUGCAUUUUUUCAAUGAAACAGUUUGUAAGGCAAAUGUGUUAUCAGAGAAAGAGACAGAAGAUGUAACAAGGCAAAUGGCAGAAUUGAAAAUUUGUCAGACCAAGUUUUGUGUUCGAAAACGUAGAGGAACAGACCAAUACAGCUGCAAACGAUUCUCUUACGACAGAAUUGAUGUGAAAUGGGGACGAAAGACUGGGAGAAUUGACUUUUAUGUUGACAUUCAAAUCCUUCUCACUGGGCUCCUACUGUAUGGAGGCCAUCACACAAACACCCAGUCUCUGUCUGUGUAUGCUGCAUUGGAAGAUAGUGAUAAUGAUAUAGUGUUGACAGAUGUGACAAAACAAGUCCAUGUAGAACCAGAAAAAACCAUUUUCAACCUGAAAUUCCCGAAGUCCAUCCGACUGGAGCCUGAUGUAAGGUACUCAGUGUUUGUACAGAAGGACGGUUGGGAGAGCCACUGGGGAGAUGCAGGGAUGGCCAGCGUGGUCACACAGGACGUCAACUUUUACUUCUUGACGACAUACAAGUCGGAACAGACCAAUAGGGCACGCGGGCUCAUUCCAGGUCUAUUGUUUACCAAAGGGUAUACAACAGAUGUGGACCAAGAAUCUCUGGGGGUGAAGAGAAAGCUGGAGGAUGUUGUUCAGUUCAGCACUUGCUAGGACACAUGACACAAAUUGAUGUUUUGUUUAAAUUGCCUUAAGUUUAGCUUUUGCUACACUUUGUUCUUUAAAUUUUAUGGCCAGACAGGUAUAUAUGUAUAAUGUAUAAAACUUAACAUUUGAAAUGGUUGUAUUUCUUAAAUUUAUUUUUAAUUUUACUUACUUGUUGUGAAUGAUAUUCAAUGAUUUUUCAUGAGAAUUUCCUUUGCAUGCAUGUGAUAACAUCACAUUUUACGUGUAUACUGAUAGAUUUAUUGACAAGGGUCUCUCCUUUUGUAUGUUACAAAGAUGCUUUACACAUUUCUCUACAAUAUUAUAGAUACACCAAGUAGUGAAAGAAAUUCAUUAUACCAGUAAUAUAAAUACAUGUACCAGGAGAUAUGUACACGAUGGUUUUGUUGUUCUCAUUGUUGUUACUGAGGGAGAUUUUAGAAAAAUUAGAUUUAUAUGAUUUAAAAUCUUUUAUUUAUUAAUGAUGCAAUGUACAUUUAUCAAGUGGCCACCCAGUUUUUUUGUUUUUGUUUACAUUUUUUUUCCAAGUGCAGUAACAAGAUUACUUAUUAAGAAAUACUUUUUUUUUCUAACUUUAAUAUACGGUAGAUUUUAUAUCCUACAUUACAAUGAUAUAUUUUUCAUUUUUAAAAAUACUUAUUGUAAAUUUGCUCAUACUAAGAAAUACUGUAAACACCUGUAUCAGCUUUCUCCAUAUCAUGCAACUGAUUUUCAUGUCCGUUCUAGUAUAAGGACAUAGGGAAGAGAUAAUGUAUAAGGCACUUGCACCAAUGGGAAGGAUAUUACCUCUUGCAAAAUAAAACUCAAAUGUCUAAAGUUAUAAAAGAUUUUAUUUUGUAAAAUGAUGGAAACAAAUAAAAAAAUGAAUUCUUAGUACAUGAUGUAAAUUUGCAAGGUUAAGUAAAAAAAAAAGUUACUCCAUCCUUUCUCAGGGAUUAAUGUUUACUUAUUUGCUAGGAAAUAAAAUGCAUACUUAACCUAAAACGAACUUUUUGUUGCUAAUGAAAAUGAUAAUUCUUCACAAAAUAAAAUUUUAUACAGAGA